AGUGAAGCUCGAUGAAGUUAAGUGCUCUCCUGCCACGUCAUGCAGUUAUCCGCUGGAGAAGUCAACGGCAAAGCUGCGGACCACACUCUGUGCGGUGCCUGUCAGCUCCUGUAGCUUCAGCAGCUACACAUCACAAAGAGCUGCAGAAAUUGGUGGAUACUUUGCCAUCAAUCAAGCAUAAGGACACCCUUGUGGAAUUUGGGUCAUUUGAUCCUUCCUGCCUGAUGCCCGCCUGCCCAGAUUACUGGACCUACUUGGGGUCCCUGACUACCCCGCCCCUCUCCGAGUCUGUCACCUGGAUCAUUAAGAAGCAGCCUGUAGAGGUUGAUCACGAUCAGAGGCCCCGACCCCGCUGCACUGCGAUCAUGGGCAGCUACCUGGGCACACCCAUGGCCACUCUGCCACGCCUGGCCCAGAAGCGAGGUUCCCCCUGGCCCAGGCCCACCCGCUGCCGCCCGGGCCUGGAUGGGAGCCGUAGCCUCUCCUGGGUCCGCAGCCAGCCCACCCCCACCAUGCCACCCUGCUGGGACCAUGCCAGAGUCUGGAGGGUGAUGGUCCCCAAGGCCUGGAGAGCUUUCACUGCAAGCCACCCCUCCAGAUCUUCAUGGGGUUGGAUUUUUCCAGUGAUCACAAGAGUUUGAUGAAGUGGCUGUGAAGUGCCCAAUACCCUGCGCACACCUGGAGCCUGGUGACAAUCGAACUCACUCCUGCAGAGCGCAGAGGGAAAUGCUACAGGUGCCUGCCUAUCCACGAGCCCCCAGGGCCCUAUGCCAAGGAGGCCUCGCUGAGGGCCCCUAGCAGAUGCAAGAAAGGAAAACAGAGAAUCCUCGGACCUGUCUGCUUCAAACCUCCCAGGCCAAGAGAAAAAAGGCAGAGCCCGGGCCAGGCCAUCCUCCUUCAGGCCUGUAUGGAGAGACAGAAUGGUCCCUUCCUUUGUGCCCGGGCCUGGGCCUCCAAGGCGAGGCCUCUGCUCCUGGUGCAACAGGGCCCCAGAGGACACUGACCCGGGCCUACCUGCCUCAAGGACACAGUGCCGUGGCCUGGGCUGCCGAGCAGAUCAGUACUCCCCAGGGGCUGGGCCUCCCGCGACCUGAUGUCUCCCCCGUAUCCUGAGUCAGCCCUGCCACCUCCACCUCCUGAGACUCAAACCCACAGUUGUUUCACUCUGCCCUACCCCCACAUGGGUCCCUGACACCCCCAGUCAGCCCUCUCCCCCGCAGCUGGCGGCUCCACCAAGCCCCCAGACCCACUCCCUUGACCCUGCAGAGCCCACACUGAAGAAGCUCUCCAGCUACCCAAACCUCUGCCUUCCUUGUGCCCACCCAGUCCUCCUACCUGUUCCCACACUCAUCAGGAAGGCAUGCUUCUCCCCUACUUCCCCACUUUGUGAAGUGAAAAUGGCGUUCUUGUUUUAGAUAAAAAUAAUAGACAGCUUUAUGAUCACAGAGAAUGUCAUUGUCUUUCUUUCAGAUGUACAUAUGUUAGGAUUGCGUCUACACUGUGAAUUCACCUUGGCCUUGUAACAUCUGGGACCAAAUACUUCUUUGUUCUUUGUUUCAUACACACAUUGUGAAAAUAAAAAACU